ACUAGCAAUUUCACACCGCAAAGCUAGUAAGAAGACUUUUGCAUCUGAGCCUUUUCUCUUAACAGAUUCUCUUCCCCGGAGAGAGAGAGAGAGUUGCUUUCAUGGCAUUCAAUAUGAUCUCUGGCAAACAAUAAACUCCCUCUCCUUUCUUGAUCAUCUCUAUAUUUAGCUCACUCUUCUCCAAACUGUUGCACCGAAAUUACACGGCUCUCUUUGAUAGUCUUUUCUCUUCUUCUGCUCUUCGUGACUGCCAAUCGAUGAAGCAAUCCCAGUAUUCGAUGUCGACGACGGGGAUUCACCGACUUCUGAAGUCGCACUACGGGCAGGUAAUGGCGCCGGUCGGCAGCGACUCGUGGGAGGAGAAGGCAUUUGCAGAGGAUUUCGGGUGCGUGUGGCCACCGAGGUCUUACUCGUGCAGCUUCUGCAAUAGGGAGUUCAGGUCUGCUCAAGCUUUAGGGGGCCACAUGAAUGUGCACCGGAGAGAUAGGGCGAGGCUCAAACAGUCAGCUCUCCGCAAUCAAAGCGAUGAAAUCCCGAGCCAGAAUUCAAACGCGGGUCUUCCUUGUACCCUUCUUCCCUAUCAGCUCCAAUCCGAUGUUUCAUGUUUGGAUCAGGAAAAUGACCUCAAUUCAAAGCCUAGCAACUAUUUCACACAGUCCCUUUCAUCUAGGGUUUUAGGGUUAUCAUCAUCGGAUAAAAAGCUAACUCGUACUGAAGAGUUGGCCUACUCUCCUUAUUAUUCUGUCUUUGUCAAGGAAGGGCGAAAGCCUUUUGGGAACGGCUCUUUACUCAAUCCGGCGACUGUGAAGGUCCGCUGCUCAUCAGACAAAAAUUGGCUCGAGGUGCAAAAAAGUUUAAGGGGGGACAAGCACGAGUGUUUAGAUGGUUCAUCCGGUGUGACUGAUUUAUCUGUCGGGUUGAGUUCUAACUUAGGCCGCCGUCCACCAGCGACUGGUUCUCACAGCGAUGAAGCGAUCAAUAUCAAAAGGCCGAAAACAACGGAGUCAUCUUGGCUGACUGUUCUUGAUCCGUGUUCAUCUACUGGUGGCUAUACUCUGAAAUCAGAUGUGCAAAUUGGGCUCAAGAUCAGCUCCAUGGAGGACUUGGACCUUGAGCUCAGACUUGGCGAUCCUCCAAAGGUGAAAUAGACUGAUACAGAUUAAGAAAAAGCUGGCAGAAGGAAGAAUUCUCUCACUGAUUGCUUUGAUUUUCUAGGUCUUCUUUUCUUUUUCUUGUUUUAAGUGGUCAAAGUAAUAGUUGUUGGGCAAAUGCCUCUCUUUCUUUUGGAGUAUUGAUUGAUUUCUCAAUUUAAUUAUUCCAAGAAAGAUCUAUUA